UACAAAUACACAUCCAUCUGACAGUAAAGUAAAAUUUAUAGAUUUUCUAUAACAUUAUUAGAGUUUUGCCUUGAUUUGUGAUCAACAUUAAUUUGAUGCUUAUGUCAUUGAAAACAUACAAUGUAAUUUCCACGUGAAGAUGUCUAUGCCUGUUGAAUGGCUGCAACAGCUAGUACAGACUUACACUCGACUGUCUGAUAAGGACAGGAAUAUUGUUUUGGAUUCUCUGAUUGAAGCAUCAGGGCCGAGCCAGUUUUUAAUACUAAGCAAGAAACUUCCAGAUUUUGUGUUCAGAGACUUCAUCCGUUAUCUUCCACUUGAAGUGUGUACCAAAAUACUUUACUAUUUAAAUGGCGAAGAGCUGCUCUCUUGCUGCCAGGUAAGCAAGUCUUGGAAUGAGCGCAUUAACAAUUUGUCCUGUUUGUGGAAACAUUUAGCACAGAAUAAAGGUGCUAAUAUAGAAGUAGCUGAGGUAGCUCUUUCAGCUGAAGCUAAACAUGUCCAAAAAGCAUUAUUUUACAAAAUCCUCUACUGCCAAUCAGAUGUCCUUCUUAAGGGUUUCAGUACAGGCCGGUCUAUACAUAUCCAAGAUUUUAUUGACAAGGGCGGCUGGCGCAUUACGUCAGUUGGAUAUCAUUUUGGAAACAUCGUAACGGGCUGUGAUGACCACACAGUGCAAGUUUGGUCUGUUUCAACUGGUUUAGCUAUUAACAGCAUAACCACUCAUUCAGUAUGUUGUCUUACACUAAAUGAUACCCAUUUAUUUACGGCAUCUUUUAAUGCCAAUGCUGAAACCUGGGACCUGCUCACUGGCUACCACUGUAAAACCCUGUGUGGCCACACCUCUGCUGUUAUUGCUAUUGAUGUGUCUCCAGACAACACCUAUGUGUUGACUGGGUCUGUGGACAAAACUGCCAAGUUGUGGUGCUUAAAAGAAUCCGAGUCUGAACUGGUCCAGACUCUCUCUUCUCACACUGACUGGGUUUUUCAUGUGAAAUUUUUGGCUUCUCCUGCUGGAGUUCUUCAGUUUUUCACGGGCGACUCACUACAAGCAAAUGUCUGGCACAUGCCUGCUAGUGGUGCUAUUUUGGUGGCAUCAUAUCAGAUCAAAGCAGAUGAUGGCUCUAGGUUCAUCUCAUACUAUCAUUUGAAACAAGAUCCGUACCAGAUUUUUAUAUGCCACUGGAAAGAAGCUGAGAAGAAAUCUUUUUUUUCAAAAUACACUAUCUGUCCUGACAAGUGUGAGAUUUCUCUUGGGAUAUUUUUUCAAAUCUCACCAGAAACAAUAAAAGCCUAUCUUCUUGGAGCUGGUACAAAAUUCGCCGUUAUAAUGUGUUCUAUAUCAAGAAAAGAUUUCUAUGUUGUGGAUAUUCCAAAAAGAUCUAUCAUUACUACUAUUGUUACUCCUGAUUUUUGCAUGUUAACUCGGAAUGGCUCAACAGUAACGCUGUGUGAUACUGACUGGCUUGAUGGCUUUAAUGUGCUGCAAAUGAAAGCUGGUGCUCCAGUGUUUGCUGCCAGUGUUGGAAGAAACACAGUGAUACUAGGAACUUGGACAGAUUUAGUUCAUCAAUUAUCACAUAACAAAAAAAUGUGUUGAAGAACAUGAGAGUUAACAGCCUUAUGCAUAAUUUUCAUUUAUAUAUUAUUAAAUACUUCCAUAAUUUGAUUGAAACUAAUUAAACAUACAACUUUUCCUAAUUAAUUGUUAAGGAGUUCCUACUAUUUAGUUAAUUUGAAGAUCUUUCAUGAAAAUUUUCAUGAAAUGAAAACAAUUAUGAAAACUGUUUGGAAAGGCUAGUCUUCCUGACACCAGAAAAAUGUCAUAUGUACAGGUCAUCAUUAAAGGAUUACAAAACAGAUUAUAUUUUUAAAA